AUGGUGAAUUUAUUCGUGCACGCGAUCAUCUUCGUGGGGCUGGUGUCACGCUCGCACACAAGUGCCCUCAACAGUAGCCCCGGCGGUGGCAGCAUAAACAGGCCAGCCCCGGCCACGGUGGCCCCCGAGGGGGUGGCCCGGGCAAGCCAGGAGCUGGGCGAUGGCGAGAACCGGGCGGACAGUGAGCGCUUCGAGGCCCUGGCGGUCGACGAUCAGGUGCGGCUGCUGGCGAAGCAGCUGAACGCCCUGACGUACCAGCGGCGCGAGGACUACAAGAUGCUCGAGAACAGCCUCAAGAAGUACGUGCGGAAGAAUGCGGCCGAAAUUACCGACGCCCAGAUACGGGAGGAGCUGGACCAGCUGCGGGAGGACGUCAAUCUGCUGCGCGAGCACAGCUCACCGAGCAAGGAGCGGCUGACGGUGCAGUGGCUCUCGCAAUCGAUAGCCGAGAUCCGGACGGAGCUGGCGGAGCUGCAGGCUACGUUCGGCGGCGGCUCGAAGGACGCCCAGUUCCGCAACCAGCUGCUCGAGGACCUGAGCUCGCUGCGAACCGAGUUCGGCACGGCGAAGCUCGAACUGGAGGCGCUCCGGUCGCGCCAGGAGAAAACCGAGGUGCUCGUCCGCGAGCUACAGGAGGAGGCGGUCCAGAGUGCGGACGACAUCCGACGCAGUCUCAACCUCAAGCUGGAGGCGGACUCGAAAUCGGAUCGUAACGGCACGGCGGAGCGCCAUCUGUCGGAGCUGGAGCGCACGACCCGGUUGGUGGAGCAGCUGGAGUCGGUCGAGACGGAGUACGAGUCGAUUAUCAACAAGCUGCCGCGGGACUGCAGCCAGAUCGAGCGGCUGCGCGGGGCCGGCAGCGGGGUGGCGGAGCAGACCGGCGACGGGGGCCUGUACCUGAUAGCGCCGGCCGAGCAGCACCACCCGCUGAUGACGCAGUGCUUCGGCGAGUGGACCACGGUCCAGCGGCGCCAGGACGGCACGGUCGACUUCAACCGGUCGUGGGAGGAGUACGCCGGCGGGUUCGGGACGCCGGCGGGCGAGUUCUGGAUCGGCAACCAGGCGCUGCACCACCUGACGCAGGACAACUGCUCGCGGUUGCGCAUCGUCAUGCAGGACAUCUACGACCACACCUGGCACGCGGACUACGCCACGUUCCGGAUUGCGGGCCGCGAGGCCGGCUUCCGGCUCGAGCUGGGCGGCUACAGUGGCAACGCGUCCGACGCGUUCGAGUACCAGAACCGGAUGCAGUUCUCGGCCAUCGACGUCGACCGGGACAUCUCGAACACGCACUGCGCCGGCAACUACGAGGGCGGCUGGUGGUUCUCGCACUGCCAGCACGCCAACCUGAACGGCCGCUACAACCUCGGCCUCACCUGGUUCGACGCGUCCCGCAACGAGUGGAUCGCGGUCAAGUCGAGCCACAUGAUGAUUGCCCGUCGCGCGGACUGCGACCACCCGACCCACCCGUCGACCGAAGGGCCCACCGACGGGGCCGAAGGUCCACCACCGACGACCGGGCGGCCACUCGAUACGACGCCCAACGCCGUCGGCAGUCCAUCGGCACUAUCUUAA